AUGGCAAUUUCAUCCAAAUCUUUCUUUCACGAUUUAGCCCUGCAUUUUAUCCGCGCUCAGACACUCAUGCAAUUCAAUUGGGCAGGAAGCUUAAUGGUCAGGAUUCCUCCCCCCCCGAAUGCGACCUCCGAGUGGUUGCCAUUUAAAAGUCCUUUUUGGGAAAGAGAUGUCUAUUCGAUUGCUGGAUUUUCUGCCCAGAAUCUUCUAUUGGAAGGAUGCUUCGACGUAGAUGAAUCACAUGGUUACCUUGUAGCCGCACCCCGACGCACCCGACUCAAGGAUUUGGUAGCUCGUGCCGCAUUGUUUGACCGCGCUUGUCCCGAAAAGUUAGAGCCUCGGGAUGAUCUCGGAGUGAAAUGUUUCGACCAUUCCAAGUUUAAUAAUCGAAGCUAUCCAGAGACGGAAGCCAUAAAUGAUUUGACUAUUCUAAAUUUAUAUGCAAUGUCUCUUACUAUGCAUUUGACUCAUAGAUCGUCACAUAGAAGCAAUAUAAUUCGUCAGACUAUCCAAACAAAAAUAGGAUGCCCGGUUGAACGCAUAAUUGAUUUAACUAAUGAUCGCUCGAAAAAUGCAGACAGAUCUAGCCACAAAAGAGAGGAAAAACGUUAG